CAACCACUAUUACAUUCUACAACCCUUUAUUAUCCCAAACGCUUUCAUAAUACUGCACCCUUAUCAGAUGUUUACGAUCUGACCAAGUUCACAACACAAUUGCUAUUUAUUCAUCAAUCUCAACGCGUCGGCACUUAGUAAGUGCGUUGCAAGUUGCAACUAAACAUAGUCAUGUUCACCUACAAACCUCUUACAUCCGAGAUAGCGAAAGCUGUCCAGGUACCGGUCAACGGUCCGCUAGUGGAAGUACACCUUAGCGACCCGUCAGAUCUUCCCAAGGGAGUCGGCAAUCAAUCGCAAGCGCCGGCACAUUGUGUGCUGAAUGAAAACUACAAACUCUCGGCAGAAAGAAUACGGAACCUUACCGUCUACGAGGAUGAUUUGUGGAUCGUGACAGCCCCGAAAUGUGGUACAACGUGGACCCAGGAGAUGAUGUGGUUGCUCGACAACGAUCUCAAUUAUCAAAUGGCAUCCGAAAUCAAUCUUAUCCAUCGAUCAAUCUUCCUCGAAUUUUGCACAAUAGUGCCCUCAUUCGAUCAAGACACCAUAACGCUAGUCGAACGGAUGAAACGUCCGCGACACAUCAAAAGCCAUCUGCCAAUGGGACUGCUGCCCAAGCAACUGUGGACGGUACGACCCCGAAUCGUGUACUGUGCACGUAACCCAAAGGAUAUGGUAACCAGUUUCUUCCAUCACUAUCGUCACCUGCACGGAUACAUGGGUACCAGGGAAACUUUUCUCGAGGCAAUACUCCACGACGUAGUUAUGUUUCAACCUCAAAUACAACACACGUUAGAUUUUUGGUGCAUACGCGACGAACCGAAUGUACUGUUCAUACACUUUGAGGAGAUGAAACGGAAUAUGGCGAAGGUACUUGAAAGGGCUUGCGAAUUUCUCGGCAAAUCAUACACCCAGGAGCAACUCAAACGCCUUGAAGAACAUCUAUCAUUCGAAGUGAUGAAGAAAAAUGAUUCAGCCAAUAACUCUAUACUAUUGAAAUUAAUGAAGUCUAUUUCGACAGCAGAUGCAAAAGAUAGUUUUCAAUUUAUGAGAAAAGGAGAAGUUGGAUCACACCGAGAAGAACUCUCCAGUGAAUAUAUACAAAAACUUAAUGUCUACAUCAAAAGACACUUAAGUGGCAGCAGUUUUAAAUUCAUGGAGUAAACAAAAAUGUAACGAGAUCUUUGUACAAUAAUUAUAGUAUAAUAUAUUAUGAUAAAUCGAUCAAA